GUCAAACGUCACAAGCGCAUAAACGUCAAUCUAGUGUUGUGUUGUGUUGUUUUCAAUAAAACCAAUCGAAUUUCUCGAAUGAAUAAUGUCCAACCCGAAGAGAUCGGCGCUUUGGACUGUAUUCACCGAAACCCACAAGGCGGACUGCAUAGCGACGUGCACCAUUUGCUCGCAGGAGUUGUCCUACAGGUCCACCACGUCCAAUUUGCUGAAGCACCUCAAACGGAAGCAUCCCGGCGUGAAUUUGGGCCCGAAUUGCGCCGAGGACGGCCCCAAAGAGGUGGAGGUGGUGAUAGAAAGGCAGUCGGAGAGCGACAACCGGGUGGAAUCGUUCAAAGUGGAGGUGAAGCCGGUGUCCGAAGAGGAAACGAUCGAUUUCAUCGUGUUGGGUAGCGGUCGAAAGGCCUCAAAGGAAUUCGAAUGUGAAGAUGAUUACCAGGAGCAGCUAUCGAACAGCUACGAAUCGUUGAAAAACGAAGAAAUCGAAAACAUAGAAAACAAUCCGAAUCCUCCGAUAAACAAUGCGGUUAAUACUGAAGAUGAUAACUUUUGGAAUACCCAAGAACACGAGACUGAAUUUAGACCCACUCCGGAACCCGACGAUAAUUUUGAUUUAAAAAUCGCCAACGGGUACAAACGGAGGUCGCAAAUAUGGAAUGUUUUUACGGAGAAACCCGGCAGCGAAUACGUGGCUUUAUGCAACGUGUGCAAACUGGAAUUUUGCUACAGAAGCACCACGAAUAACUUAAAGAAGCAUUUUCAAAGGAAACACCCUCAAAUAUCGAUGGCGGAAAAAAUAGAAUUAGUCAAACCGGAACAGGAACAUUCCGAAGUAUUAAUCGGAUUGAACAUUAAAACUAACUCGUCCGAUGAUGAAACGAACGAUAACAAAUCCAUAGAAAAAAAGUCGACCAAAAGGCCCCGGUCGCAGAUUUGGAAUUAUUUCACUAAAAAGAAAUCGGUCUAUACAGCCUCUUGUAACAUAUGCAAAAAGGAUCUAGGCUAUCGAACUUCUACUUCGAAUCUAAAGAAACAUUUAAACCGAAGGCAUCCCGAAGUGGGCUUCGUGAAAUCCGAAGCAGACGAACUAGAAGAAGCCACGCAAGAAAUCCAAUUUCGAACGUGCUUGAUUUGCCUGAAAAACGAGAGCCCCGAAUGCAAGGAAUUCAUCCAAGUCAACACCAGCGCCUCCGAGGAGAAAUCCUACAUGAACAAAAUCCAAGAACUCCUCAACCAACCCGUGGAUAUCGACGAAUCCCACGUGGUGUGCCAGCCUUGCGUCGACGAUUUAGAAAAAGUCCUAGAAUUCAAAAGCAAAAUACUGAAAGCCUUCGAAUUCUGGAGCAAAAUCGAUCCGGAAACCGAGCCCGAAGAACCCGCCGGACUGUUCGAAGACGAUACAAACCAUACGGAUUACUCCGACAUGGAAGACGGCGAAAGUUUAGCGAAAUUCACCUGCUCGAAAUGCCACAAAGUAUUCCCGUCCUCUUCUGUCAUGUUGAAGCACGCCUGCGAGCGAUUGCAGAGGGUGAAGUUCUUCGAUAACCGGUUCUACUGCGAACACUGCGGUAAAGAUUUCCCUAUGAAAUGGAAACUAACGAAGCAUCUAAAAAACUGUCCGAACGUCAGCAUCAAAGCGUUCGUAUGCAGCAUGUGCGACAGGCAAUUCAAGAAGGCCUAUCACCUGAGGGAGCACAUGGCGUCCCACACGGGCGAGAGGAACUACAGCUGUAACAUCUGCGGCAAAACAUUCCAAAGAUCGUCGUCGAAGCACAAGCACAUACGAAGCCACAACGCCAAGCCGGGCGAGAAAUCGAAGAAAACGCCGUUUUUGUGCACGAUAUGCGGCAAGAGUUUCCCCUAUUCGAACGGCGCCUCCAGACACAUGAGGGUGCAUUUGGGCGAGCGACGGCACGAGUGCAACAUUUGCCUCAAACGGUUCAGUCAAACGACACAUUUAAAGGUGCAUUUGCGAACGCACUCGGGCGAGCGGCCUUACAAUUGUUUAGUGUGCGGUAGAACGUUCUCGUUGAACGCGAGUUUGCGGAAGCACAUGAGAUUGCACGUGGGGCCCGCGGAGUACAUAAAAUUCAGCCAAUUGGACACCAACAUGGAGGAGAAUCUGACUACUUUGACCAGCAAUAUCGAGGCGAAUCUGGAGGGGAACAAUCUGGCAACGCUGGCGACGAAUUUGGGGGUGAUGGAGGGACAUUUAGAAGAUAAUCUGGACGGUAAUAUGGAGACGGAAAUCGGGCAUACCGAGGUGGUUGGUGAAGAUGGUUUGCACGUGUUGACCCAUCACGAUAUAGCUAUAGAAGGCAGCCAUUGUGCGGAGUAGAUUCCUAUAAAGUUUUAGUUAAUGCUAGAGAAUUGCAGGGAAUAUUGCGAUAAGUGUUGUCGGAUGUAUAAACUAACGUCCUGUGAUCUAUAAUUAGUGUUUAAUUCACUACUUAAAUAAUUUUUUAAUGCGCUUAGCGCGCAACAGAAAUUGAUGCUUAUCGAGAAAUGUAUUAUAUAAAUUUGCAAUAAAAGCCUCGAAAACGUU